CCCCCUUACGCCUUAUACACCUCCCCUCUCUCUGUCCUCUCUCCACAGGGAAGUUUUUGUGGAGUCCGACUCCCUGCUCAGUCCACAUUUCCUCUGUGUUGUAGGGGGGUGGGCAGAGCUGCAGGCAGGACCCAGAUGUGGACAAAGGGCUGCGAGUGAGUUGCCAAACUGGUGCCCAGUCCACUCUUCAGAGGCUCUUCGACGAACUGAGCAAAUGGAGUCCCACUAGCCCGCAAGGUGCUGCUGCUGCCCUUCACCAUGGAUGACGCCAACUGGACGUCUGUCUCUGAGUUCGUACUCCUGGGCCUCUCUGAACUUGAGGCUCUGCAGCCGCUGAUCUUCACAGGGUUCCUGGUGACGUAUCUUCUGAACCUAGUUGGAAACUCCAUGCUGGUGGGGCUGGUGUGGACGGACCCCCAGCUCCAUAGCCCCAUGUAUUUCCUCAUCAGCCAGCUUUCCAUGGUGGACAUGGGCAUGGUCUCCAUCAUCCUGCCCCAGGCUCUGGUGCACGUCUUGAGCCAGCACCGGGCCAUCCCUUUUGUCAGCUGCAUGGCCCAGCUCUUCAUCUACAUGGUGGUUGUUAACAUGGAGGGCUACCUGCUGGCUGCCAUGGCCUACGACCGCUACUUGGCCGUCUGCGACCCGCUGCGCUACGCCACCGUGGUGACACUGUCCCUGUGCCUUAAGAUGGCGGCUGCUUCAUUGGCCGUGGUGAUCCCGCAUGGCCUGCUGCACACCAUCAUGGCUGCCCAGCUGCAUUACUGCGGCAACCGCCUGCAGCAUUUCUUGUGUCACAUGCAAUCUCUGAUGAGUCUCUCCUGCACCCGGCCCGUUACUAAGGAGCUGGUGGUCUCCACCGAGGGAGUCUUGGUGGUGGAAGCCCCUUUUGCCUUCAUCCUAGCCUCCUACACCCGUAUCGGGGUGGCCGUGGCCCGCCUGCGCUCUGCCCAAGCCCUGCACAAGGCCCUCUCCACCUGCGGCUCCCACCUGACCGUGGUGACUCUUACGUACAGCACCGUGGUCUGGCUCUACUACCACGCAGACUCCAGCAACACGCCAGGGCAAAAACAGCAAGUGACCUUCUUGUACACCUCAGUGGUGCCCACCCUGAACCCCCUCAUCUACAGCCUGAGGAACAAGGACGUGGCCGCCGCCCUGAGGAGGGCAAAGAGGAAGGUCCUGACUUGGGGCACCUGAGUCCAGCCCACGGUUCUAUCGUGGCACUGGGUAUGGACUUUCCACCUGAGAGAUGUCUGGGAAACCUUCCCUCUUAUCUGCCCCAGAAUACCUAGGCUCUUUUCAUACAUGAGGGUGGUGUAAUUAACACAAAUGUAGGGUCACACCCAGCUACACAUACAGAAGUACACGCAGCCCAAGUCUUUCCAUGGAAAAGGGGGUCCACUAAGGACAUGGCCACACGGCAUCAGCCCCAAGCCUGUAUCAUUUAACUUUACAUAUAACGUUGUUACACAUAUUUUAGAAUGACACUAAUGUCCAGCAGAUUAUGAGUUUUCAAGCCAUUCCGCACAAAGGCUUUGUACAAAGACAUCAUAGUCUUGAAUAAAGGAUGAACAUCAGGCUCAGCCUG